UAUUGAGCCGCCAUUUUUGAGGCCUUUGAAACUCUCUGACGCGUUGAACAUAGCCCAAUCCUCUAUAAGAAACCCCAAAUUUCAUCUUCUUCUUCAACCCACAACUCCUUGUUCUUCUUCUCCUUCAUCAGCUCAAGUACUCUUUGAAUUACCCAUUUCCUCAAAACUGCAACUUUCUUCAAUUAUGACUUCAGCUCAAAAAGGUCCAUUUCUGCCUAAAUUUGGUGAUUGGGAUGAAAAGAAUCCUGCUGCUGCUGAAGGGUUUACGGUGAUUUUCAACAGGGCAAGGGAUAAUAAGAAGAAUGGUGGAGGAGCUGGAACUCCUAAUAACGUGAUACCACCCCAAAACCAAACUCAAAAGCAAGAACCUUCUAAGGAGAUCAAGCAGAAGCAGAAGUAUCCAAGAAAGCAGAAAGGAUGGUGUUCCUGCUUUUGGUAGACCACUUUUUGUCACAAUGAAAGAACACAAAACUCUUCUCUUCGUGGUUGGUGGCUUUGAUCUUGAGUAUUGAUGGAUGCUGUAGAUUCAAUUUGUUGUGUUGUAUAAAGAUUUUGGGAAACUUUUCAUGGGGUUUUCAUUCUUUUCAUUACAUUAAUUAGGCUUCUUGGGUUGCCUCCUCUUGUAAUAAUAAGAAAAUAAACAUUGUUUAUAGAAAGAAAAAGGUUUGAGUUUACCUAA